AUGCGCUCGGCAUUACUACUGGUGAUCUUUGGUGCGGUCUUCGCCAUUGCCCUAGUCAUCAGUGACGUGGGUAAUUGGGAGAAUACUCAUUACGCCCGCACAAUUGACCUUUCGCGAGGCUAUGUCAAGGAGACUGACCUCAUUCAGAUUACCAAUGAUGGAGACACCAAGCAGAAGAUCUAUUACUUUACUCUCAACGAUGGUUUUGACGCUAUCGACGACCUCAGUAUCAUUUCGGUGGGUGUUGAUAGUACGACACUUGCGGUGAAGGCGCUCGAUAGCGGAUUUUUCGAAAUAACGUUGCCGAAGGCUGUGUCUCCUGGGGACAGUGUUGAAUUACGCGUCAGUUAUGUGUACUUGAAAGGCCUUGAACCAGUGCCGAAGCAAAUUGAUAUGGCGGACUCGCAACAAUUGGUCGUCAAAUUGAACAAGAUGCCGUAUCUGCCAUACUCGACCAAAGAGUAUUCACUUCGGUUUAUUGGGGUUGCUAAAGGUCAAGAGGCGGAAAUUUUUGAUGAUCGUGCCACUGCCAAUCCAGUUAUUGAAGCUAGAGUUGAGGAAAAGGCUUUGGUGUACGGACCCAUUGUAGAUGACAUUGAACCAUUUUCAGUGGAACCCUUCGGCUUGAUUUACGAACAUCAGCAGCCGUUAGCAAAAGUUGAAAAUCUUCAUCGGUCGGUAUGGAUUCCGUCAGCAGCUGACCAAGUCCAAUUCGAAGAGUACUAUGAACUUACAAACCAAGGUGCUGAACUUGAUAAGGGCUUCUCGCGCGUGGAUUGGAUGCAUGGUCGUUAUGAACUUACCCGUGAUCAUUGGGCGCUCAAGCAACUUGAGUUUCCCAUGGCUGAUACGGACUUUGAUGAUUACUACUUUACGGACAAGGUCGGUAUGGUGCUGACUCAUAAAAAGAUUCAAAACUUCUUGGUUUUGCAACCCAGAUUUCCUCUUUUUGGUGGAUGGCACUACAAUUUCACGUUAGGAUGGAAUCAACCUAUUGGUAAGGCUGUUCAUAAAAUUGAUGAGGACACUUACAUUGCGCGGGCGCCUUUACUUAACUCGGCCAGAGAUGUCGUUUACAAGAAUGUCUACCUCAGCUUCUAUUUGCCAGAGGGAGCUGAAUUUGUCAACAUUCUGGCACCCCUUGAGUACAAGCAGGUCGAUGUUGAGGACGAGUAUCUGUAUUUGGACGUUGCUCAAGGUCAUACCAAGGUCACGCUCAAGUUCGAGAAUAUGUUUGAUGAUUUGGGUCGGGUGAAUGCCUAUAUUGUUUAUCGUCUUCCUGCUCAUUCAUAUCUCAAAAAAGCGUUGAAGAUUAGUGGGUACACCUUCGCAGCAUUAUUUUCCUACUACUUGUUGACUAUGCUCGACCUCUCUGUGUAA